AUGUCCGCCAUCGCCAAAUUGUCGGACGACGACCUUAUUCUCAUAUUUUUGCAUUUCCCCGUUCCGGCUCCCCAGCCCGAUACGCAAGCCCAAGAUCGUCUUGUCUCUGACGACGGCCGACCAUCCGAUGCCGCUGAUCUGACAUGGCUCAGCAUCUCGCACGUAUGUCGACGCUGGCGGUCGAUCUCACUCUCGUGUUCAGCCAUAUGGUCGACCAUAUCGUUCACCCCGCCCGAAUCAACUUCCGCGUUCUUGGGCAGAGCCCGCGAUGCUCCCCUUGACGUCUAUGCUCACUGGCGCCCUGGAUCAAACGGAGAUCUCAUGGACCUCGCUGUCACCGAGGUGAUGAGCCAUCUAGACCACAUUCGCCGCCUCUCCAUGGAAGGGACUACCCAUAGCCGCUUAUGGGCUGUUCAUCUUCCGCUGUUCGCAUCUCGACAAGCACCAUUGCUCGAGGAAUUGCGUCUCACUACCAUAGGAUCAUCUCGCGAACUCGUUCUUCUUCCAGACUACAUGUUUGAAGACGACAUGAGGCGCUUGCGUCGAGUCACAAUUUCUGGACCGUUCAGCUUCAGCUUUCGCAACAACAUCUUCUCCGCCCAAUUGACCCACCUUACUUUGUCACAUAUCAAUCGCAACCGUCGAUCGGCCACCGCCGAACUAUUCGAACUCUUAUCCCGAUGUCCUCUGGAGACCUUGUCGCUGACGGCUUCUCUGCCGUCCGAUCUCAGACCUUUAGGUCUGCGAGGGUUCCCGGAUCUCACCGAGGACAAAGUGCACCUCUCAAGCCUGAAGUACUGCUUGAUCGAGGACGGGGAUGCGAAACUGGCGAGCUUCAUACGCCGCGUAGAGUUACCCCAGGCAUGCGACGUAUUUCUUUACAUAGGCGUCCGCGAUCCUAUCCAAGACACCACGGGGAUAAUGCCAGAGAUCAUCAUCACAUCGGAAGCGAUAAAAGGUCUCUGCGAGUUGCGCAACGAGUUACAGCGGCCCACAUUGCAUUUUGUACAGGAGUCAGGCUCGCGAUGCCUGUGGACAUGGAGCGGAGAGCUUCCAGAGCACUCAGGAUCGCACCCGACAAUCGAGGUGUCGAUGGGCGGCACAUCCGAUCUGCACGCCGUUCAUGAAAACCUUGGGGGAGGAGGUUCAAUAGGUGACACCCUGGGCUCGCUCUUCCUACUUGCCACACUCCAGACGUUCCCUCUACAAAGCGUGCGCGCGCUACAUGUCAGCGUACGGACGGCCUGUCCCGACUCGAUGUGGAUUGCGCUGGCCAUGCUCCCAGCCCUUGAAGAUAUUUCCGUCUGUGGCCCUUCUGUACCGGGUUUCACGAAGUACUUGAUGGACUACGCCGUGUACGCUGGUAUGCUUGCUUGUCUCGAAAGGUUAACCCUUGAGCAUGCGGAUUUAUCGUCGGUUUUCAACGGCAAAGUCGCUGCGGCCAUGCUUGAAACAACCAUCAUUCAGCGAGGAGCGCGUAAUGCGUCUGUGCCUCGGGUCACCUUACGACAUUGCCAGGCCAAUCCAGAGCAUCUAGCUCUGCUUGAAGCGGCAAGUGGGAGGAUACGCAAGAGUAGCUUCGCUUCAGGUCAGCUGCGAGCGGAAGCUUCUGAAGGCACGGCGAUAUUAUGA